GCCAGUAACAUGGAGUCUGUCUCCAAAGCCAAGGCAAACCUGGAGAAAAUGUGUCGUACUCUAGAAGACCAGCUGAGUGAGAUAAAGACAAAGGAAGAGGAGCAUCAGCGCAUGAUCAAUGACCUCAGCGCUCAAAGAGCUCGUCUGCAGACAGAAUCAGGUGAAUAUUCACGCCAGGUGGAGGAGAAAGAUUCUCAGAUUUCUCAGCUGUCUCGAAGCAAGCAGGCAUUCACUCAGCAGAUUGAGGAACUCAAGAGGCACUUAGAGGAAGAGAUAAAGGUGAUGCCUUUUCUUCAAGUUGGCCAAUGAAAUCAUACUUAACUU